AUGAGCCGCUAUCUCACUCCAGCAAAGAUCACGCUGCUGGUGCUCGCUCUACUCUAUGCAGAGGAUGUAGUCCCAACUAAAGAAGCUACAGCCGUGUUGUCUUUUAUUCUCUCCCAAAUUGUUCCAUCGAGCAAGCAUUCUCCAUUGUUCCAGGAAGGCACAGAGUUCCAGCAUGCUCUCCCGAUAGCUGAAUUCGAGUCCACAUUAUCCUCGCGCCCGUCUGCGAGAUCAGGCAGAACUCUAUUUGAUCUGCUGGUGAAGAGACUGUGGGAAAUUGAUUGCUCCCAUGCUCUUGAUGCCUUUAUCACGUAUCUUCCUUCUCUUCUGACGAAGUCCAGGGAGCAGUUGCUGAGGGAGCGGGAAACUGGUGAAGAAUCUGAUCAAACUUAUGGACGUAUUCUCAGAACAUCACCCUUGGGCGCUUUCAUUCGCCGCUGCCACUUGGAAUACACAAGACUGCAGUUUCAAGACAGCAUCACUCUCUGGCAGGAUUUUAUCUCCUACAGACUCCCUACUCGCGAGGCCUAUGAGAGGAAGAAUCAUUCAGCCGGCGGAAAUGCCCUUGACUCGAACCUCGCAGAAUUGGGCCUUGACUCAUCGCAUCCUCUGGCCCAGUUGAUGUAUGGAAGACUAGCCGAAGACGAACAAAAGCAUCAUGGAGCAUACAGCAUGUACGAUGUCGAAAAACUGAUGGAAUUUCAGGUCUCCGAAAUCCAGCGUCUUGGUGGGAGAUUACCUGACGGCAUGAGAUUGAAGCUUCAACAGAUGUCCGAAGCCGGCACUGUCAUCCCAAAACUGGGGAAUUAUCUCAAUUUCCUUGAUUCAUGGCGAGCUGGGGAUUACUACUCCGCCUUUGACAAUCUACACAGAUACUUUGAUUACGCAAUGCAGACGAGAGAGAGAGCAAUAUAUCAAUACGCACUGCUCAACCUCGCCAUCCUCCAAGCAGACUUCGGAUGUCACGCAGAAGCCCUUUCCGCAAUGCAGGAAGCCAUCGCCACCGCUCGAGAGAACAAAGACACCACAUGCCUCAACUUUUGCAUGAGCUGGGUAUACCACUUCGGGCGAUCAUUCCCCGGUGAAAUCGACGCCAUACGCGACAGCGGCAUUCUCGGCAGCGAAGUCGAGGGACUCGCAUUCCUUAAAUCCCGGGCUAAGGAUGCGGAGAUGUGGAGUCUCUUGGGCACGACACUAUUGAGUGAAGCGAAGCUAGGUCUGCAAUAUGGCGACAGCCUCGCAGGUGUCUUUGAAAACCUUGCAAAAGCUUCGCAUCUCAGCGUCGUCCGUUCGACUCAGAGCGCUGUCGGACCGAUGUUCCUCAUAAAAGGUGCCGCAUUUAGCAGGAUUGGCCUCGCUCAUCUGAGCUGGUGGUGUGGCCAGGCUUUCCUGCAGUGCCAUUCCAAGGACGCACCACUCGAAGAUCUGUUCAAAAAUUAUUGUCGAAUAGCCGGGCUCUUGGUCCAACGUGGCAGAUAUGCCGAGGCUGAGCAGAUGCUGAACAAUAUUCCGCCCUAUGUGCAGCGGCGAAUGAAGUUCCAGAAUUCCAUGAACUUCUACUCGGGCUUAUUGAGGGCCCGCAGGCUCAUAUAUCGGGACAAUUUCGAUGCUGCAGAACAUUUGCUCGAUCGGCUAAGCGGACAGGGUGCGCCGGAUGUAAAAAUUGCAUUUUCACUGUCAUUGCUUGGGAUCGAGCUGCUCAUUCGUCGGGGAGUUCUCGACCAAGCUCUUGAAAAGGUUGAAGAUUUGGUACAGGGAGCGAAUAAGAACCAUGAAAUCAACGACAUCGCCGUGCGGACCAGGCUGUUGAACCUCGAAGCACGCAUCUUGAUCGAGAGCGGGCAUUCACUCAAGGCAUUCUCGCUUGUCGUGCGCGCAGCACAGAUCGCAUUUCGAGGAAGAAUUCUCCCCUCGUUAUGGACAUCUAUCUAUCUCCUUGCCACAAUUCUCAACGACCUCCGCGAGUUCCUGGCUGCUGUCGACCUUCUCCAAUCAAUUAUGCCUCAAGUGCUGGAAUGUCAAGACUGCGACCUUGCCGCCCACUCAUACUCCGUGCUCGCAGAUGCGAACAUGGGUCUCGCUGGCUCAUCUUCGGGAACAGACAAGUUUUCCGCAACGAAGCAAAAGGAACUCAUCAAUAAAGCAAUGGAAAAUAUUGAUCAUGCAUACACGCAGUAUAGGUACGUUGAAGAUUUACAGGGCCAGUUGGAGAUGUUGAAGAAGAAGGCGACGAUUAUGCACUGGAGGGGGGAUUUGGUGUUGGCGAAUGAUACAGCGACGCAGUAUUUAGGGCUCAAGAGGGAGUACGAGGCCCAAAGUGUCUGA